CACAUACUAUUCAGGACUGUAUGUGUCAGAAGACCUCGUAGCUAAGUAAUGCGAGAUAAAAUAUCAAUUAUUAGGGGCCGUUAUCACGAAAUCCGAUUUUGUUGUAAAUAGAUGUCCUUAAAGAGGUCGUCUAAUGCGAGAUAUGAUAUAAAUUAUUUUGGGAAGUUAUCACGAAAUCAGAUAAUGUUGUAAGACAAAAUACACAUUUCAAUAAUGGAAUUUAUUUAAAUGGCUUGCAUAACAAGAUAAUAGAAUAGGUGGUACAGUGGAAAAAGGAAAUUAACUGCUGAAGCAUUAUCGUAACAUAUGAUUAAUAACAAAAGUUACUCAAGAUUAUCCCACCGAUUCGAUUAAAUAUAGAAUCUCUUAAGUAUAUUCUGUCAAUACGUGCUGUUCUUGUUACCUCGUAAUAAAUAUAGCGAAACAUAUAAUAAACGUCUUCUUUCGCGGUGUACAAUGCAACAAGAUGUAUUAAGAUUGUGGUAAAUUAACGGUACGUUGUUUGACGUGUGAAUCGAUUUUCUCGAUAAACGAGCUGUGUGAAGGAAACUAAUAAACAAUGUGUGACGGAAACUGAUUAAAUCAAUUUAUUGAUGAAUAUGGUUAAACUAUACUGUGAUCUGUUAGAAAGUGAUAUUUUAUGUAAGUGUAUACUCCUCGUGAAUUUCUGUAUUUCACUUGAGUGGUGAUCACCGGAGUUUAUAGUACUAUCAAUAAGUACGUCGUACACAUCACCUUUAUAAGACCGUUAACGUAUGCGUCAACUGUAAACACGUUGGUGUCAGUUUGCAUGAGGAUAUGCUGUACUUUCACUUUGUUUUCGCUAUUGUGUUGUGGGAAUUCUGCGCCUUAAAGGCUGAAUGUCGCGAAACGUGCAUCUGCUUGUCGCAGGAAAUCGACGGUCUGAGAAAUCCGAUCCACAUUGAGCCGGCGAAAAAUGAAGGCGAGAACGUGUACUUUAUAGGAGAACAAAUUGGAAUUAUCUAUUUGUACAAUCCAAAGCAAUCACUCGGUAAUAAAUUAACGGCGUACAUCAACGUCAGCGAUAGGAUCGUGCUGGAAAAAAACGCUCACGACGAACGCGGUUUGCUGGGUUUCGCCGUCCAUCCCAUGUUUGAGCGUAAUCGGAAGAUCUAUCUUUACUCGGUGCGCACGUUGAACGAACGACAGUUCGCGGUGAUCAGCGAGAUAACUUCCGGUGACGUUGGCACGGAGCGGCAACUGCUGUUUAUUGAGCAGCCCGGUGAUAUUCGUAAUGGAGGACAGUUGCUGUUCGGCAACACCGAUGGGUAUCUCUACAUUUUUGUUGGGGACGGAGGUCCGAUCCACACUAAGGAUAUACAGGCGCAAAAUACAUCAAGCCUUCUUGGAAAAGUGUUGCGUGUCAAUGUUGACGCGACGGAAGUCAUCGACAACAAACUACAGUUUUACGUCAUUCCUCACGACAACCCGAAGCAUGCGGAAUGGAGGCCGGAAGUGUUUUCUGUUGGCUUCAGAAACUCCUGGCGCUGCUCACAAGACGCCGGAAAACCGAGCGGCGAGGGCAAGGGGCGUAUUUUUUGCGGCGAACUGGGCGGAGACAUUGCAGACGAGGUGAACAUAAUAGAAAAGGGAGGCAACUAUGGUUGGCCUGUCAAGGAGGGCAACACCUGUACUAACGUUUCCGCGAAAUGCGACACACUGGACAAUGAGAGGACCCCUGUACUGUCCAUCCCACACUCAGAUAAAGGCAUGCAGGCUCUAGUAGGAGGACCCCUUUACCGGGGCCGUGACGUCACGUCUUUAGACGGAAAGCUUAUACUGGGGGACGUGUUUGGGGGGUCGCUGUUUACCGUGGGGGAAGUAAACGGUCAAUGGAAAACCGAGCCACUCCCAUUUUGCGACAAGGGCACAUGUUCAUGUACUGCAAGAGAACAUAUGAGCUCGGUUUUAUUGUCGUUUGGUCAGACACAUGAAGGUGAAGUUCUGCUGCUGAUGACAGAUGAUGUCAGCAUUCAUCCGGGCAGUGACAGAGGUCGCGUGUUAAGAAUGCACGCGCCUGCCUUCCCCAACCCAGUGACAUGCGGUGCGUCGUGCCUUCAGCCCAUGACAGCUCUGUUGGUAAUCGCAGGAUGGCUUUGUGCAAAGUGGUCAUAAUGACACACGCAUUCCGUGAAUCAUCGACCAUAUUUUUAUACAGCCUCGCUCUGGGAAAACAGGGCGUAAUGCAUGUGCGUAAAGUGUCGUCCUAUAGUAUCCUGUGUAGUCCCCACAGACUAAUCAGGGAAGACAAUUUCCGCUUUAUUUUAAUUUUCGUUUGAAGGAAGUCUCUAAGCAAAAUUCCAGUAUAGUCGGACAGUGUUGUGCUUGUUUAGCCGGUGUUGACUGCACACGCUAAUAUUGGACGACACUUUAUACACAUGCAUUUAGCCCCGCUUUUUCAAGAGUGCGACUCUAUUGUUUUUCAUAACAAAACGUUUAGUACAUUAACAUUGUAUUUAAAUACAACUUUAUGCAAAAGUCAUGGUUACUUCACAACGGCGUAAAGCCGUGUUCACAACUAGAUGAAUGUUAAGACUUCACAUUAAAUGUUCAUAUGUUGACAAUAAUAAAGUCACUAAUUCAUAUAA